GUUACUAGUAUAAUACCAACCACGACGCGGCACGGGUGUCUGCGAGUAUCAGACAAAUUCCCGCCACACGAAAAGAAAAAUAAAUCUCAAACGGUCGAAAUCACGAAAACUCAGACAAAGAAAACAAUGGAUGUCGUGUUCAAAGAUGCCAGAAUGAUGCUGUGAUGACCCAAGGACGAGAACCGCUGACAAUAAUGGACGGCAAUCUCCAAACAGACUUCUCUACCAAAACGAAAAGAGGUGUCUACCUUUCCAAAAGUCUCGCCUUCGUCAUACUCGUCAUAUUCGCGCUCGCACUAGUCGCCACCGCAUUCAUAGUGUACAACUUCGCAGCCUGCCCGAGGACUGAUCAUUUAGCUAACGUUACUAAAUAUGAACAAUUGUGUGAUCAAUCCAAGUUAUCAGUUAUACCUUUAAGUACAGAAAAUAGUAAAAGUGUUACAGCAUUAGAAAGCACAACUAAUGUAGCCGAAUCGACAAGUGAUUACGGAAACUCUGUAAAAGAUGUUCGACUGCCGAAUAACAUUAAACCGGAUAGAUAUUUCUUAAGGCUUACUCCAUAUAUUUUUGAAGGUAAUUUCACAUUUGAUGGUGAAGUCAGUAUUGUUAUAACGAUCAAAAACAAUACCAAAUCAGUCACGUUUCAUGGUGUAGAGUUAAAUUUUCAUAAAAUUGAGCUAUAUACGAAAGUGGAUGGUAAAGAAGUAAAGAUUGUAAGAAGAACAGAAGACGUUCCGAGACAGUUUCAGAUAUUAAGCACCGUAGAGGAACUGAUCGCCGGACAACAGUAUGUGUUGAAUAUAUCUUACACUGGAAUUCUGAAUGACAACCUUCAUGGCUUCUACAGAAGUUCGUAUGAAGAGAAAAAAGACAAAAGAUGGAUAGCAGUGACACAGUUCCAAGCCACGGACGCCCGGCGCGCGUUUCCGUGCUGGGACGAGCCCGCGCUGAAGGCAAGGUUCAGCAUCAGCAUCGCCAGACCCAAUAACCUCACCUCCGUCUCCAAUAUGAACAUUGUUGCCAAACAGCCACACGCUACAUUGCUCGACUACACAUGGGACCAUUAUGCUGAAUCUCUACCAAUGUCGACAUAUUUAGUAGCUUUUGUAGUUACUGAUUUUGGUAAUAUAAGUGAUAGUAAGAAUAAUUUCUCAGUUUGGGCGAGAAAGGAAGCCUUGCCAUCUGCAGCAUAUGCAUUGGAAAUAGGACCAAAGAUUUUGAAGUUCUUGGAAGAAUACUAUAAAAUAAAGUUUCCAUUGCCAAAGAUAGAUAUGGUAGCAUUGCCGGAUUUCAAAGCUGGAGCUAUGGAGAACUGGGGAUUACUGACUUUUAGAGAAAUAGCCAUGCUCUACGAUACCAGCAUAUCUCCAACUACUGCUAAGGCUCGAGUGGCAUCUGUGGUAGCUCAUGAGAUCGCACAUCAGUGGUUCGGAAACUUGGUUACACCGGCUUGGUGGUCAGACAUUUGGCUGAAUGAAGGUUUCGCCAGUUACGUUGAAUAUGUUGCUGUUGAUGCGGUUGAGAAAAGUUGGAAAUUAAUGGAAGUCUUCGUCCUUAAUGAAGUACAAAGUGUUUUUAAACUGGAUGCCUUAACGUCGUCUCAUCAAAUAUCUGUAGAAGUCGGAAACCCUGAGGAAAUAGGAGCGAUAUUUGACAAAAUAUCUUAUGGAAAAGGAUCAGCAAUCCUCCGGAUGAUGAACCACUUCUUAACGGAUGACGUCUUUAACGCUGGUAUCACUGAUUAUCUCAACGCAAAAAAGUAUGGAGACGCAGAACAGAGGGAUCUAUGGAGUGCCCUCACGAAUGCAGCGAGAGAAAGGAAAGCAUUCGACGCAGAUGUUGGUGUAGUCAUGGACUCUUGGACUUUACAAACCGGCUUUCCCGUUUUGACUAUCACGAGGAAUUAUAAAAAUGGAACGAUUACUUUUAAUCAGGAAAGGUUCGUCUUAAUAAACAAUACACUAAAUGGAAACAACUCUUCAGUUUGGUGGAUUCCUGUUUCUUAUACGACCGCUUCAGAAAAAGACUUCGAAUCAACCCGACCUAAGUUAUGGUUAAGAGGAGAAAGGUCCAUAGUUGUUAAUAACAUAACCGUUGGUGAAAAUGAUUGGCUGAUUGGAAACAUACAACAAACAGGCUUUUACCGAAUCAACUACGAUCAACGAAAUUGGAAAUUGUUGAUCAAAGUUCUAAACGAUCAGUCACGUUUUCAAGAGAUACAUCCAAUAAACCGAGCUCAAAUCAUCGAUGACGCGAUGAACUUGGCUUUGUCUGGACAUUUGGACUAUAGAACUGCUUUGGACAUCACAAGUUAUCUAUCACAUGAGAAGAGUUAUGUGCCUUGGAAGGCAGGCCUUGUUGCUUUGGGUUAUAUUGAUACCAUGCUGUCUAAGGGAGCGUACUAUCUAGAAUAUAAGAGAUACGUCCUACGGCUCUUAAGUGAUGCAGUUCAAGAGCUAGGUUGGGAGAUCGCGACGAACGAAAGCGUGGUGCGCGCGCAGCACCGAGUGGACCUGCUGUCCACCGCCUGUCACCUGCAGCACGUGCAGUGCUUGGAGCACGCUGUCCGCAUGUACACCAACUGGAUGCUGACACCAAACCCCGACGCUUACAAUGAUAUACAUGCUGAUCUCCGUAGUACGGUAUACUGCGUUGGAGUCCAAGCAGGGAACGCCAGGGAGUGGAAUUUUGCCUGGGAACGAUUCCUGGCUGUCAGCGUACCUUCUGAGAGAGAACUGUUGCUUUCUGUACUCGGAUGUACCAGGGCCCCAUACUUGCUUUAUAGAUAUUUGGAUUUAUCACUCAGAAACGAUAGCGGUAUUCGGAAACAAGACACAGUGAGGGUGUUCUCAGCCGUCGCCAGUUCUUCUAUCGGAGAGCCGAUAGCUUUCAACUUUGUUAGAGCCAAUUGGCAGCGGUUAAAGGAAUAUGUUGGAUCUGUUUCUACAUUAAAUUCAAUACUCAAGGUGGUUACAAGAAGACUAAAUCAAGUUCAUGAAUAUGAGGAGCUUAAGCGAUUCGUGGCAGAGUCAUGCAGUGACUUAGGCCGACCAGUGCAGCAAGUGCUAGAGAGGACGGCUGCCAACGUGCAAUGGAUGGAAAACAACUACCAGAGCAUUGUCAAUUGGCUGCUAGCUAUAGAUAAAACUUCACCUAGAGUUACCGAUGCGUGAUUGAUAGAUUAACUAAGUGUUAAUAAUUAUAUCGUAAGUACAAUAGUUGGCAAAACACUGGAUCGCUCAUUGCCAUAACAUUCUACUAGUCAUAAUAUUAUCAUUACGAUUUCCUUAGGGCCGGCGCACAUUAUGGCGGAGCGCAGCGCAGAGCAUUUUUCACAGUCAAAAUAUUAUCGACAUUGUCCUCAUUGAAAUAAUAUCUAAAAUCAAUUGUGCAUCUGUGCGAAUACUCGCGCAUCUGUGCGCAGUCCCGCGCGUGUUCGCGCAUUCUCCUGUAGAAAUUCGCGUAAUGUGUCACGAGAUUAGAAAACUUCGCGGGCAUGCUCUCCGCUGCGCUCCGCCAUAUGUGCGCCGGCCCUUACUCUGAGGAAGGUAUUAUAAUAAUUAUUUAUCUGACAUACUAAGCAACUGUACGAAAACGUUUAUAGAUAAUUCGGCAAUUCUUAUUCAAUUAUGUAAGUAUGGUGCACGACAGGUCCAGAUGGCAAUCGGGGCGGGGACGCCCCGCACACCUGCACAGCCCCCGUGCUGACCCGUCGCAGGAUAGCGGGGGUGACGUCUCAUAACCCGAUCACCAUCUCGACCUGUCGCGUAAUACAAGUCUUCAUUUGCCGAUAUGGUUUUUAACUCUGUAGAAUUCUGAUUUCUCUUAAUGUAAUCAGAGAUAAAACAGUUCCCAUAAAAAGAUAACAAAUGUAAUUAAACCAUAAAAUAGGCUUUGGCCUCUAAGGGUUCAAUUUAUAUGGAGGCGGAGACAGUUCAGAAGCUUAAUAAUUACUUACAGGGGUCCGUUUGCAUCCUUAAGGUGCGGAACCUGUGUGAAACACUAAAAACUACUUCGCAUCAGAAUCAUAAUAUGCUACCUAAUCUGAGUUUUAUAGGUAAAUACCCACAUAUUAUAUCUUGCAUCUAGAUGUAUGCGCCUACCUAUGUAGAAAACCUUCUCAGAAAAACUUAGAUAUUAGGUACAUAGUGACAAUACAGUUAACUUCGGAAAAUGGAAACACAAACGUUGCCAAAUAUUAAUAGUAGGUACUUAGUUACCUAUGCUUAUUGAUAAUAAGAUUUCUUAGUCUAAUUUAUUAUUUGUACUGUUUUUAUUAAAUAAAAUAAAUGUGUCUAGCUUUAAUGUAUGGGAUAUAUUGUACGAUUUUACACUGAAAGAUAUUAUUUUUGGUACCUAAUUUUAUCAUUAUUUCAGUCCCGCCUUUAUUUGCAGGUAGGUAGGUAGUGUUUUAAGGGCUAUUACGCACUGCGUCCGACCCGAACCCGUGAAAACACGUCCCGAAGUAGUCAUAGAACUAUUAAUUGUAUGAUAGCCUACGCACUAGCUCCAACUACCGUCAGCCGAGUUGUCUCAGUCAUCAUCCGUGAGAAUAUCUCGGAUGUGCCUCGGAUUUAAAUCGGACGUAUGGCAUAAAUAUUAUGUCAAAAUAGCUUGGAUUUGUAUCAGAGAUCGGAAUAGUGCAAUAUCCGAUUUCGGUCUGACUUUUUUAUCCGCAUUUUCACGGACUCGGAUCGGACGAGUGCGUAUCCGCUCUUACUCUACCUAUCUAUAUUUACUAUCAUCAUAGUGUAAUAUAAAAUGCUGUAUCACAUUUUUAGUUUUCAUAGGUACUUACCCCCCAUAUAAGAUAGAGCUCGUUCCUAAGCCCUAAUUCAGACGAGUGUUAAAAAGGCGUUGCGUCAAAACCCGGCGCGGUUGUGCUGGAAAUACAAUGCGCGAUAAACAAGCGUUGUCGUGUGAACAGUUACUUGGGAAUGCAUUUGUUCUAUUUGAACGCUUUUUUAACGGACGACGUUAAAAAAGCUCUCGUAUGAAUGGGUCCUAAUUUCAUGCAAAAAUUAUAAUAUAUGUACCCUUGGCUUUGACAUUGUACUUUAUCAUAAAUUUAACCUACUGAUAAUGCUUAAUGAGGCAUGUUGCGAUGAAGCCAAGCGUGAAGUUGGAAAGAGAUAACAAACACUUUAGAAUAUUGUAAGUAUUUCAAUUAAAUAAAAUUGAUGGUCAUGUUUACAUUAUUAAACCCCA